AUGACUGAGAGCUGUAUAGCCCGGAUACGUGAAUUCAAUCGUGUUAUAUGGGGUGGAUCCAAUGUGAAGACAGAUUUGUUCAAACGUUGGUGUCAAGGAUUUUCAUUUAGCCCUGUUGAGUUUAGUGCUUUGGUACAAUCAACAGGUGGUCCAUGUGCUAUUAUAGCUACUACUCAAGCCACAAUUAUGUACGAGGUUUUGUUCAUUCGCAAGCAGAACCUAGCUGAUAUUACAGAUGUCGACAAUAUGGAAAUUCUACUGAGCGCGCUGUUAAGAAUAAUUCUAUUGGUUUCGAGUGAUCGCCAAAGCCAUUUUUGCUGGGUUUACUGGUGCGAAGAUGAAGAACCAGCGAGUUCUGAGUCCUCCAUUCAAAAUGAAAAAUGUGUCACCAGUGAUUUCAGUGCUGCCAAUAAGUCGUCGGAUUCUAAUAUAAACCAGCUUGGAGAAUGCGGUUUCCAGAAAUUUAUUAAUGGUUUAAGAUGCUUCGAAGCGGAAACUGUCGAGGAACUCCGUGCAGUUGCUUUCUCGUUACUUCCUCAAAUAAAAUCAAAAUAUGGAGUAUUGUGCUUCCUUUAUUCUGUUUUGUUCACACAUGGACUUCAGUCACUUAUAAAUGAAAUGAAUGGUGAAAUGGAUGCUUUGAUUGAUCCAAUUCAUGGACAUGCUAGUCAGUGUCUGAUUAAUUUAUUAAUUACUGGAGAAAGCACGCCAUAUUUAUUCGAUGGUGAAAGAGAUCUCGGAGGAUUUACAUUGAAAGGUAUAUCCAGGCAACCGAAAACCGGUUUCUUGACUUUUGUUGAAGCAAUGAGAUAUUGUGAAGUGGGAUGGUUUUUGAAAAAUCCAUAUUACCCAGUUUGGAUUUUGGGAUCUGAGACACACUUAACCGUUUUGGCGUCGCCAGACAUGUCGUUGGUGUCAAAAAAUGUCAAGUCAGAAAUUAACUCCAUAUCAGGUUUACGUCAAGCUGAAGUUGAGUUUAAUUAUCUAAGCCCAGAUCAAGAUACUGGAGGUUUUAUCAGUUCGUCAGAUUUUGAAAAAUUACUGACCAAAUUAUGUCUAUCUACAGGAUCCCAACAAGUAAAUGAUUUAGUUACAAAACUAGAUCCUGAAGGUUUAGGAAUAAUUUUGAAGAAAGACUUCCUACAGUUCUUUUUUCCCGAAGAAAUGGCAAAGCACACCACUGAAGUUUUUAGCUUUCAGUUAAUCCAUUAUAAUGGUUUGGAACACUCUAAUACUGAUGGUCGGGUUCGAUACAGUAUUGGUGAAGCCCGCUUAAUAGAUCCUACAGAAGAGCUUAUCGAGACCCAGCCUAUUGAUCAAAGUCCUAUACAGCAGUGCUUGGCAACAAAAUGGCCUACAAUACGAAUCAAAUGGAACGUAAACAGAAGUCCGUCACUGAACUAA